CGAUACGAUAGGCGCCAGACUUUGGCUCAAAAAUUGUCACUUCUUAUUCACACAUUUUGUCCCAAUUUUGAAAUCAAAAUAUAAAAACAGCUCUAAUUUGAUUCAAUUAUUGGUACAGUUUUUUAGUGUAAAAUUAGAUACAAUUAUCAUUGAUUAUGAGCGCACAAGUAAUUGAAAAGUUGGAACAGUUGUGGAGUAUUCUUAACGAGAGUGUCAACGAAGAGGUGAGGUUGAAGUGGUGGCUAACCAUUCAAAAUGAAUACAAAGAUAAUCAGCUCAGAAAACACUACGAUCUCAAUCAUAUUGCAAACAUGUUUAUCCAUUUGGAUGAGAAUCAGAUGAAGAUUAAAUCUGCCCGAAGUGUCUCUUACGCCAUAUUCUUUAAAAAUUUAAGUUAUGAUCCAAAAUGUGUGGACAAUGAGGAGAAAAGCAUCGAUUUAUUCAAACAAUUUGCAAAAGAAGCUGAUAUUAACGAUACGAAUCCAAUUUAUACAGAAGUGAUUGAAUUAAUACUUCUGACAAAAACUCAUUUGACUGAAGAACACAAAAGUGAAACUCUGUUCGGCACUCAAGACAUCCAUUAUUUUCUCGAUUUUGACUUAAGUUAUUUGGGCUCAGAUUCUGACAACUAUACUUUGUAUGCGUUGAGUAUACGAAACGAGUAUGACUUCAUGUCGGAAACGGUUUACAAACAAAUUCGUGCAAAAGUCCUCAAAUCAUUGCUAGAAAUCCCCAAAAUAUACUCAACACAAGAAUUUUACGACAAAUACGAAACUAAAGCCCGGAAUAACAUCAAGAAUGAGAUCGAAGUAUUGGAGGCAUAAUUGCAUCGAUCGGUUGAACGCAACUAUUUUUAAACCAC